CUCCGCCAGCCGAAAAGUGUGUUAGCAUAUGAAGCGACGCGUUUUCCCCAGAACACAAGGGCUUCUUUCUUUCUUUCUUUCUCUUUACACACAUUACACUUUUCUUUACUUCAGCAAAAUGACUCGCAACUUUUUCAUUGGUGGCAACUGGAAGAUGAACGGCUCGGUGAGCCAAGUCAAGACCCUUGUUGACAUGUUGAACGGCACAAGCAUUCCUGCUGGCACGGAGGUCGUUGUUGCUCCUCCCGCCAUCUAUAUUGACCGUGUUCGCCAGACCUUGAAAAAGGAAAUUGGCGUUGCUGCCCAGAAUUCCUAUGUCAAGGCCAGCGGUGCUUACACGGGUGAAAUCAGCCCCGAGCAAUUGAAGGAUAUGGGCAUUGAUUGGGUCGUCCUCGGUCACUCUGAACGCCGCGAAUACUUUAAGGAAUCUGAUGAGUUCGUCGGUGAAAAGACCGCUCAUGCCUUGAACGCCGGUGUCAGCGUCAUUGCUUGCAUUGGUGAAAAGUUGGAGGAGCGUGAGGCCAACGAGACCACGGCCGUCGUCACCCGUCAAUUGAAGGCCAUUGCCGACCAGAUCAAGGACUGGACCAAUGUUGUCGUUGCCUACGAGCCUGUUUGGGCCAUUGGUACUGGCAAGGUCGCUACUCCUGAACAGGCCGAGGAAGUCCAUGCUACUCUUCGCAAGUGGCUCGAGGACAACGUCUCCCAGGAUGUCGCUAACAAGACCCGCAUCAUCUAUGGUGGUUCCGUCAAGGGCAGCAAUGCUGCUGAGUUGGGCAAGAAGGAAAACAUUGACGGUUUCCUUGUCGGUGGCGCUAGCUUGAACGAGGACUUUGUCACCAUCUGCACUGCUAAGCAGUAAACCCUUUUUCCCCCAUGUAACCUUCUUGCUUUCCCCCCCUCAUACAUACAUACAUACACACACACACAUCCCAAGGAGUCUCUCUUUGUUUUACAAACCAAAGGUUUCUUGAAAAAAGAAAAUAGCCCCUAUCAAAACAACUGUACAAUAAAAAAGAUAUGUCUUGCUACAUCAUAUUUCUGGAGGAGGGCGGGAAACCGCGGGGAGAAGGGGUUGGGGUCCG